GAUUUGUGUGCACAAAGGAAGUUACUUUCCUGUUUCUAAAAGUAGGAAGUUGAAAAGUUGAAAUUAAAAUGUUUUUAACAAGUCCUAAACAAUGACUACAAAGAAAACACCAGAAGGUCACAAAUAACAAAGGCCAUAGGAAUGUAUCAAUGUUUACCUGAAUAAAGAAAAGAUGAAUAACCCAAUCCAUAGACAGAGGAUUACCAAAUCUGGCUGGUUACGUAAACAAGGGGGUAUGGUCAGAACAUGGCAUAGACGAUGGUUCUGUUUAAAUGGGGACUGUUUGUUUUACUUCACAAAAGAAGAUGACCUACGACCUCAAGGAUCUAUUUUCUUACCUGGAAACAGAAUUGCUGAGAUUCAAUGGACACCAGAUGAUUCAGAUAAAUACCUGUUUGAAAUUUGUCCAGAUGCAGAGUUGUGUAAAACUCAGGUUAGAACAGCACCAAGUGAAGUUUUCCAACUCUGUGCUGGUAAUAAUGAAGAAAGACAGCAAUGGAUGAAAGCUAUACGAAAAGUCAUUUACUCUGAUAUUGGAGGAGCAAUAUUUGGUCAGAGUAUAGAUGAGACAAUGAUGUAUGAACAGAGAAUGAAGAGAUCUAUUCCAUACUUGAUUGAACAGAGUGUAGAAUUCUUAACACAAUAUGGUCUAGAGGUGGAAGGUAUUUUCAGAUUACCGGGAAGAACAACAUUAAUAAAGGAGUUAAAAGACAGAUUUGAUAGUGCUGAAAGAAUUGUGUUUGAUAUAUCAGAUCAUGAUGUACAUUCAGUGGCAUCCCUGUUAAAAAUGUACUUCAGAGAACUUCCAGAAUCCAUAAUACCGUCAUCAUAUUAUCAGCGAUUGAUGAACGUUGCCAUGAAUUUUCAGGAUGCUAAAGAAACCGAGAAAAAGGCAGCAGCUGUUGCGAAUGCAGCUGAUGCAUUAUCAGGCCUACCAGACGAUAAUUACGUUAUUGUUAAAUAUUUAUGUGAAUUUUUAUGUAAAGUGGGAGAAAAAUCACACAUCAAUAAAAUGACAACUUUAAAUCUUGCAACAGUUUUUGGACCCAACAUAAUACGUAAUGUAAUUGAAGCAGAUAGUCCUGAACUUAUGAUGGCUACUGCUGAUUUAACUCAACAGUUAUGUUUCUUGUUGAUAAGUAAUUGUUCGGAGAUAUUUGUUGAAAAAAAGGAAGAAGAGAAAUCGGAAGAGACAAAACCUGAAGUUCCUGUUGAAAAUUUGUUAGAUUUUUCUGAAAAACCUGAGUCUGAGGAUGAAAUUAAGCCUCUUCCUCGACUUUCUCUGAGAAAUAAUCAUGCAGGAUCAAGAGGCUCAUCUCUUCUUACCUCUGUUACAGAAGAGCUUGAAAAAAGGAAAGAUAAUAAUAUAUUACAACCUCUUUUUCCAUCUUGUAGGAAUUCAAAUAAACAAAAUACUAGUGGGAUGGAUUUGUUAGAUUUCACAGAGCCUGUCAAAAAAGAAUCUGACAAUAAUAAUAUUAUAUCACCUUCUGAUCCCCCUAAACAGAAACCCAUUCCACCAGCUAGACGGAAGAAGAAAAGUCCAAAUGGGGGUGAUGAUCUAUCCCCUACUUCCCCAUUGUCUCGAACCAAUAGUACUGAUAAAACAGAGUCGGAAGCAAUGCAAGAUCUCAAAACUCUAAAUGAACAAUUUAAAACAGAAUUAGAAAGCACUCGGAAAGAAUAUGAGGCAAAAAUUCAGGACCUUAAAACCAAUUACAAUGGCAAAAUAAAUGUGUUGCGUACAAACAGUGCAAAUAGUGAAAAAAUAUACAAAGAUAGAAUUCAGGCAAUUAACCAGCAACAUUCAAAUCAGAUGGAAGAAUUAAGAAAGGAACUUGAAAAAGAAAGAUUAGAUAGAAAUGGUGCUGUGGCAAAAGUGAUGAAGUUACAGACAGAACUUAAUCGCUAUCACCUUCAGUAUGGACAACUUCAUAGUCCAACUUAAUAUUGUGUCACAGAUUCUGUAUUAUACUUUUUGUUUGUAAGGAGAUAUUCUCUUGAACAUACUACACAUAGUAAGAUGUUCUCUCCUAUAAGUCCUUCUACAAAAAAUUGUUUCACGGAUCAGGCUCCCAUUUUAAUAUGAGUCUCAUUGUAAAAAUUAUGUCCUGUUUUUUUGUUUGGGAAUCUAAAAACCCUCUAAGACUGAAUUUGUAAAGGUUAAGAAAGAGUGUUGACUUGUGAGGAACUAUGUUAAACUUUUUUUUUAUCUUUCAUUAGAAGCUUUUGUAGAUCCCUGAGUAAUCAAUUUUAUGAGACCUUAAAAUAUGCCAACAUUACAUUUUGUGUACCUUAUCAACAUUCUUUAUUUGUUAUAUACAUGCAAGUAAACAAAAAAUAUUUAAAAAAAAAAUACUCUAGUAACAGCGAAACCAAUAUAUAAGGGAAGAUAGAAGUCCAUCUGUUAGACUUACUAGUGCAAUAAUGUAUUAAUUUUCUACAUUUAUGUCUAUAAUAUAGGGUUAUUGCAUGAAUAUUGUCCCGAGUAGAAUUUUAUAUUGCACCAGCUUGUGAGUGCAAUAUAUGUUCUAUGAGGGACAAUAUUCAUGCAAUAACCCUUUUAUUGUAUAGCAAUAUAACAUUUGAAAUUAAAAAUUGGUUUAAACUAAGAUUUUGUUGAUGACGUCAUAAACUUUGAUGAUUUAUUGCACUAGCAAUAAAGGAAUUUAUUGGACGCUUACUUAUGAUUACUUUCUGUAUGUUCUGAGGGAAAUAUUAUAUUGCUAUGCAAUAAUAUGUAAUUUUAUAGUGACCAUCUCUUCUUUUUCCCAAUAGGUUUUGGAAAGAUAUAGCAAUUUGGUCCUAUUGAUUUAACUUUCUACUAUUACAGAAUUGAUUGUUGUGCCUGAAGGUAGCUUUAAGGCAAUCCGGAUCAUUGGUGCUGAAUAGGUGUGAUAUGUUUGUAAUACUUUUUCUACGAUUAGAUAUUUCUCCCAAUAGUUGAUUAUCUAAGUUAUAGUUGUAUAUGUUACAUUUAAUUUUGUUUUAUUUUUAUGAUUAUUUUCUGCUUAUAAACAUCUAUUUGAGUUUAAAUUAAUAUGUUAUUUAAAUAUUAAAUCGUAUACUUUUCAUCUAGAUUAUAUGAUAUUGUCAGACAUUUCCAGUAUAUUUUCAAACAAAGUUAAUUGUUUAUCAAAGUAAAAUUUGGAUAGUUAAAAAACUAAGGAUUUUUUAUACAAUCUGAUUUAUUGAUUAUUGCUUUCUAAAGGUCCAGUUGCAAACAUUUCAUUCAUUAUCUGGACAUUAUCUAUACAUUAUCUAUAAUCUGUUUUGAAUUGGAUUUCUGUAAGUAUUGUAUAACUGAUUAUUAUUCAAUAUUUGUUUUAUCCUUUUUAUCGUAUUCAUCCUCACUUUGCAUGAAAUAUUUGUCUUUGGAUGCUAUUGGAAAGCAAACAACAGUCUGUCAGAUAACUUUUUUUCAUUUGUCAUUUUUAUCAGAACAGAUUUCAGAUCCUAUAUAAUUAUCAGAUAUCAUGCCCCUGAAAUUAUAAUGUUUAAUUUCAAGGAAAAUGGAAAACUUUAAAGAGAAUUGGAUAUUUGGAGAUUAAAUGACUCUCAUGCAUCAUGUGUGAGAUUGAUUGGGUGGUUUCCUCAGGAAAUCAUGUUUCAAUUCAAAAAAUAUUUGAUGCAAAACAGCCCCAUAAAAACUUCCUUGUGAAAACAUGUUCAUUUGUAUGCGUUAACAAACCCUUAGAAGAGGAAAUCACAGUGGAAGGAUCUGCUACUGUAUAGCUAGUUUAUUACUAUUGUAUAGUAAAAAUGUAUUUUGAAAUUUUAAAUAAUUUUUCAAUUAGUUUUUUACGAAUGAUGUGCAAUUAAAUCUGAUUAAAGUUCCUUCUAAUUUGUUGGAAAGUAAUGACUCUUCAAUCUUUUUUUAUGCAGCAGUAACUUAAUGAUGUAACUUAAAAAGAGUGGACAAUUCAUAGGAAAUACUGACUUAUUACACACUUACAACAAGGAUACAUUUAUUAUCCUCUACCUUGAUCAACUGAUGAUAUAGUUUGGCUAGGUAUUUACACAUUGAUUUGUUUUAAUUUAUUUACUUGAGAGUCUUGAACAAAGUUAUUUUCUACAUAUUUUUCAGAGCUUUUUUCUUCUUCUUCAAAUAUUGGCUAGGAAAAUUGCAGAAAGUUAGAAUAAUUGCUCAUAUAGAAUUCUUUUUUAUCUUUACACAUUACGGUUUAUAACAUGUGUUAAAGGAUAAUUUUGUUUGUAAAUAUCCUAGUUUAUAUUUCACUGCUAUUAGUUAAUGAUUUAAUUUUGGA